AUGCAGAACAGAGUUACAUCUACUGCAAGACAUAGUUAUGAAAACCAGAUGGAAAACCAAACAUCUUUCAAGGAACUCUACAUUUUAGGAUUUUCAAAUAAAGCAGAGAAGCAACCAUUUAUUUUUAUUUUCUAUUUCUUAAUUUACUUAGUGGGAGUCUUAGGGAAUUUAGUUAUUAUUGUAAUUGUAUAUAUAGAUACACAUUUGCAUACUACCAUGUACAUAUUUCUUGGCAACUUGUCUUUUAUAGAUAUUUGUUACACUACAGUAACUCUCCCUAAAUUCAUGGAUAUUUUGCUAUCUGGAAAAAACUCAGUAUCUUUUAUGCAGUGCAUCACUCAAAUGUACUUUUUCAUUUUUAUCGGUAGCACUGAAUUGAUAUUACUCUCUUGCAUGGCUUAUGAUCGCUAUGUUGCAAUUUGCUUCCCGUUACACUAUCAUUGCAUUAUGAACAAAAGAAAAUGUCUCCAAAUUUUGGUUGCCACGUGGAUGUAUGGAUGCGGAAAUUCAUGUUUUGUUACUGGGUUUGCGUCAGCCUUAAAUAUAUGUCAUUCUAAUCGGAUUCAAAACUUCUACUGUGGUCUAAAUGCUCUAACAAAAAUUUCUUGUCCAGAUAUAGGGUUUUACUUUAUGUUCUAUGCAGAAACAUUUUUCAUUGUACUCUUCCCUUUUUUUAUCAUUUUAAUAUCAUAUUUUAAAAUAAUUCAAAGCAUUCUUCGUAUUAAGUCCUCAUAUGGUAGAAAAAAAACAUUUUCUACCUGCACAUCCCAUCUCACUGUAAUUACUAUUUUCUAUGGCACUAUACUGUGUAUAUAUGCAAGACCACCAGAGGACCACAAAAGUCAAUCUGACCAUAUUUUUUCAAUAUUGUAUGCUGCAGUAACACCCAUGCUAAACCCAAUCAUAUAUAGUCUAAGGAAUGAAGAGGUAAAACGAGCUUUGCUGAGACAUCUGAAGAGGGCAACCAAAUAG